AGUACAGUGGCGGAACAUGUGGGCUGUAAAUGGUGAGAUGGCGUUUGGUUUUCAAAGAAACAAUAAAGUAAUUGAGCUUCGAAAUUGAAAACCAGUAUCAACGGUCUGGGUUUCUUGCUGAUUGAGUUUUUUUAUGGUUUUCGUUCUCUUUUCUCACUGUUGGAAGAAAUUUCUGGGAAUUUAUUAUGAGGCUGAGGUGCUCCCGUUUUGCGGAUGCCCAUUUUGGGCACCGCUGAUGCAUGUGUGGCUCAGUUUGCCUAUUGACAUAGCGAAAACAGUAGAAAGUAGAAAGUUUCUCUCGUUGCGGUAUUCGCCGAGUGCCUCGUCCCCAUCUAAAUCCUUUCACCAAUCUCUUCUUCUCUCUACUGUUUGUAUGAAACUUCUGUUUACGGCGGUGCAUGCGUAAAUUUCUGUAUGUUUAUGUGGAUUUGCUUUUUUUAGCGUGAUUGUGUUUCUGGGUGAUUCGAGUCUCCGUUGCUUGUCUUUUUGAUGAGUCACUGGAUUCGCUUUAAUGGGUUUUGUUGUGUUUCUCUUGUUAAUGCUCAAAACUCCGUGACCGGUUCUUGGCAAUAUGCGUUUACCCAACAGGAAAUUGUUUCUAGUUAAUGCUAUAGCUCCUGAACUUGAUGGUUCAAUGGUCUAUCGCUCUGUUUGUCACUUAGACGUGAUUAUUUGUUCAAAAAAUAACGAUGGAGGAAGCGAAGGAAUGUGUUAGAACUGGCCAAGGAAUUCCUCCAUUUCUAGCUUGUGUAAAUGUUCUUCUUUACGCGGCUGUAGGAGGAUGACAAUGGAAAACUCGUCAGAGUCUGGUUGGCAAAGAUCUGAUAGUUCUAGGGGAUUCAAUGCUUCUGCAGUUUCUGAUAGAAACCCACGUCUGUUCCGUGCUAGUAGAAUCAGGUCUUCUAGUGAUGCAUCACAUGAUUCUGGGUUUAUACCAGGCGGGAAGGAGAGAGAGAGGAAUGUGUUUACUAACAGAGAUGUCCGUGAAAGAUCCACUAGUGUUUCUGCUGUUUGUAAGGAUGAGAUAGCAGUGCACCCAGUUGUUUGUGGGGUAGAUUGGACUGAUAUUAGCUUGAGGCAAUGGCUAGAUAACCCGGAACGAUCAGUUGAUGCUAUUGAGUGCUUGCACAUAUUUACCCAAAUAGUACAGAUUAUUGAACUUGCACAUUCAGAAGGAAUUGUAGUCCAUAAUGUGCGGCCUUCCUGCUUUGUGAUAUCCUCUUUCAACAGUGUCUCUUUUCUUGAAUCUUCUUCUUGUUCAGACUCAGGCUCAGAUUCCUUGGGGGAUGGAUCAAACAGCCAAACCGCAGAGUUCAAAGGAUCAUCUUCUCUUUUGCCCCGUGAAUCACAUCAACAGAGCAGUCAGUUCAGAAGAGAAAAUUCUUUGCAUGGGAUAAAUCCAAGGUCACUCUACCCAACCCGAAAUUCAUUUGAAGCAGGCAGUGAUGUUGAACAAGUGGAGGAAAAGAAGCAGUCCUUUCCAAUGAAACAGAUAUUGCUUUUGGAAAGCAAUUGGUACACCAGUCCAGAGGAGGUCGGUGGUGCUCCAAGUUCUUGUGCUUCUGAUAUUUACCGAUUAGGAGUGCUUCUUUUUGAGCUAUUCUGCACGUUUAGCUCAUCUGAAGAAAAGAGCUCAACUAUGUCUAGCCUGAGGCAUCGUGUUCUUCCACCUCAGUUGCUAUUGAAGUGGCCCAAAGAAGCUUCAUUUUGUUUAUGGUUACUACAUCCCGACCCAAGUAGCCGGCCAAAAAUGAGUGAUCUGUUGCAAAGCGAGUUUCUUAAUGAACCAAGAAACAACAUUGAGGAACGUCAAGCAGCAAUAGAUCUUCGGGAGAGAAUAGAGGAACAGGAGCUGUUGUUGGAAUUUCUUACGCUAAUACAACAAAGAAAACAGGUUGCUGCAGAUAAUUUGCAAGAUACUAUUUCAUUUAUUUCUUCUGAUAUAGAAGAAGCGUCAAAGAAGCAAUCAGUUAUUUGCAAAAAAGGAAGGUUGUGUCCAGAAGUGGGCAGGGAUCCUUCUUCCGGUGCCCCUUUGAUGGAAGCUGUUGAAAAUGAAGAUUCUGGUUGCUCAGGGUCUAGAAAAAGAUACAGACAGGGACUUCACAGUUAUAAUGCAGAAGAAGCUGAUGAUCCACUACUUGAAGAUCAGAGUUCAAAGGCAAGUGCUGGGAAUCAAGGAUGUAUUCUCGUGAAAAGUUGUCGAUUGAUGAAAAAUUUUAAGAAACUAGAAACAGCUUAUUUUUUGACAAGACGCAGGGCUAUUAAACAAUCAGGGAAAUCAUCAGCUUGUCAUCCUCCAAUAAGUGCAAUUGGUAGAGGGUCCAUUACUUCAAAUGAGAGAAAUUCCAACAACAAUUUUCCCUGGAAUGUUCAAAGCAGUGAAGAAAGACAAAGUGGGUGGAUAAAUUCAUUCUUUGAGGGGUUGUGCAAGUAUCUUUCUCUCAGUAAAUUACAAGUUAAGGCAGACUUGAAGCAAGGUGAUCUUAUAAAUUCAUCCAACCUAGUAUGUUCUCUGAGUUUCGAUCGAGAUGGAGAACUUUUUGCAACGGCUGGCGUAAAUAAAAAAAUCAAAAUAUUCGAGUAUCACAGAAUUCUAAAUGAAGAUCGUGAUAUACAUUAUCCUGUAGUUGAAUUAGCUAGUAGGUCAAAGCUGAGCAGUAUAUGUUGGAAUAGUUAUAUCAAAAGCCAGAUUGCAUCAAGCAACUUUGAAGGUGUGGUGCAGGUAUGGGAUGUUACUCGAAGUCAAGUAUAUAUGGAAAUGAGAGAACAUGAAAGGCGUGUGUGGUCUGUUGAUUUCUCAUUAGCAGAUCCCAUGAUGUUGGCCAGCGGGAGCGAUGAUGGUUCUGUUAAACUCUGGAAUAUCAAUCAGGGGGUAAGUGUUGGUACGGUUAGAACAAAGGCCAAUGUCUGCUGUGUUCAGUUUCCCAUUAAUUCGGGUUGUUCCCUUGCAUUUGGAUCAGCCGAUCAUAGGAUUUAUUACUAUGAUCUGCGAAACUUGAAAGCUCCACUUUGUACAUUGACUGGACACAACAAAACUGUGAGUUAUGUCAAGUUCAUAGAUUCAACGAAUCUUGUUUCUGCUUCAACAGAUAACACAAUAAAGCUUUGGGAUUUAUCCACAUGCACAUCCCAAAUAUCAUUCACAGGCCACACAAAUGUGAAGAAUUUUGUUGGAUUAUCUGUAUCUGAUGGAUAUAUAGCCACAGGUUCUGAAACAAAUGAGGACUUGUUCUCAGGGAAGAUUGGCAAUGCUAAGGAGAAAGGAGGACUCUAUCAAACUCCAAGACUUGAUCAUUCUACUGCAUUUAGGACAAAAACUCAGGACUGAUGAUUGGACAUGCUAAGGAACGGGAUGGCUUAUACUAUCUUGAGAAAUCUGAAAAAGUACCAGUUGGCAGGUGGAAUCAGCCCUUAACAUGCCUUUUAGAACCACAUAUGCCCCCCAAGGACACCAUUUGGCUGCAUCAUUAUAAGCUGGGACAUCCUGCUUUUUCCACUCUUAAAAUCCUGUUUCCUUCUUUGUUUAAAAAUCUCAAUAUUAGACAGUUUCAUUGUGAUGUAAGUGAGUUUGCCAAACAUAGACAUAUUGUUUUUUCUACUAGUAAUAACGAAUGUCAUACUGCUUUUGAAUUGAUUCAUAGUGAUAUAUGGGGAUCCAUCAAUCAUUCCAAAUGUUUCUAGGGUGCGUUGGUUUGUUUUGUUUAUUAAUGGUUGCACAAGGGUUAUAUGGUGAUAUUCUCCCCAAUUUCUUUUCUAUGUUAAUGCUUAGUUUCAUAUGCAUUUGAACCGCAAUUCUUUCUUCCUCAAUCAAUUUGGGGCACAAAUCAAACGGUUUAGGUCAAACAAUGUGAGGGAUUAUUUCAACCAAACCCUUCCACCUAUUUCCUUCAACGGAAAGUUAUUCAUGAGUCCUCAUGUGUUUCUACCCCUUAACAGAAUGGGAUUGCAGAACGAAAAAACAACCAUCUCCUAGAUACUACUAGGGCAUUGAUGUUUCACAAAAGUGUGCCUAAACAAUUUUGGGGAGAAGCUGUCCUCACAGCCACUCAUGUCAUCAACUGAUUACCCUCCUAAGUGUUACAUUUUCAAACUCUAAUGUCCGUUUUAUCCCACUUCUAUUAUGCUCUUCCUACCAUGAAUCAGCUUAAUCCUAAGGUAUUCAAGUGUAUUUCAUUUGUUCACGUUCAUAGCCCUCAUCGGGGGAAGUUGGAUCCUAGAGCUCUUAAAUGUGUCUGUGUGGGUUAUUCUUCUACACAAAAAGGGUACAAGUGUUCUCAUUCUCCAACUAAAAAAAUUUGAUUUCUGUGGAUAUUACCUUUGUUAAGACUGAAACCUAUUUUACUCACCAUUCUCUUCAGAGAGAGACAUCAAGUAUGAAGAUAAGGAUGAGUUGUUCCUUCCUAACUUACUACCAGCUCCUAAACCUUUGCUCGACCAACUUGCAUUUGAACCUCCUCCUGACCUUCUGCUCGAACCUGCACUUGACUCUACUCCACCAACUCAUGAACCUAAAUCCUCCCUCUAACCUAGUCUCCAAAUUGCAGAGGAAGAGACCACCAUUGACAAAUGUUUUUUCCAAAUUUACUCAAGAAAGAAUAAUCUAGAACCUGAACCAAGGCUGCACCUAUUAUCAGCUCCAACAUUUGGAAAUGAGGUAACCUCUAUUGGCUCACCUUCUAUUGUUGAUUCUAUGGCUAAUAUUAACCUGCCUAUAGCACUAAGGAAAUGAAUUAGAGACUGCACAAAAUAUCCCUUAUAUCCACUUUCUCACUUUGUAUCCUUUAAAAAAUGCUCUCCAUCUCAUAGAAGCUUUCUUACAAACAUACAUACUGCAUCCAUUCCUACCACAUUAUUAGAGGCUUUCAAUUGUGAAAAUUGGAGGAAUGCCAUGAAUGUUGAAAUGCAAGCCCUAGAGAAGAAGAAUAUAUGGGAGAUUAUGGAUUUCCCAAAAGGGAAGAAACCUGUUGGGUGCAAAUGGGUCUUCACAAUCAAGUAUAAAGCAGAUGGGACACUUGAACGAUGCAAAGUUAGGUUGGUAGCUAAAUGUUACACCCAAACAUAUGGAAUAGACUACUAAGAAACCUUUGCCUCAAUAGCCAAGAUGAACACAGUGAGAAUUCUCUUAUUCCUAGAAGCUAACUAUGAUUGGCAUUUACUACAGUUUGAUAUGAAGAAUGUUUUCUUGUACGGAGACCUUAAGUAGGAAAUUUACAUGGACAUACCCUUAGGGUUCAAUAGAAACGGACUUGGGACUAAGGUUUGUAGACUCCAAAAGACACUAUAUGGCCUAAAAUAGUUACCUAGAGUUUGGUUCAAGGGAUUUUCCAAAGUAAUGUAGGCCAUGGGUUACAAACCGAGCCAAGGAGACCACACUCUAUUCAUAAAGCACUCAGGUUCAGGUUCAGUCACAGCUUUUAUUAUUAUGUUGAUGACAUUAUAGUGACAGGAAAUGAUGAAAAGGAGAGGCAGAACUUCGACAAAUGUUUGAUUGAGGAGUUUGAGAUCAAAGAAUUAGGGAAUUUGAAGUAUUUCCUGGAUAUUGAAGUGGCACGAUCUAAAUAGGGGAUAUUUAUAUCUCAACACAAGUAUGCCCUUGAUCUUUUGCGAGACACAAGGAAAAUGGCUUGCAAACAAUCCAACAUUCUAAUUAACCCUAAUCACAAACUUGGUAAAGCUAAGGGAGAUAGAGACACAGACAAAGAGGCAUAUUAGAGGUUGGCCAGCAUGCUAAUUUACUUAUCUCACACACGACCGGAUAUAGCCUAUACCGUUAGUAUAGUGAGUCAAUUCAUGCACAAACCCAAAGAACUUCACUUGCAAGCAGUCUACAGAAUCUUGCAUUACCUCAAGGGUACUCUAGGAAAGGGAACUUUAUUCAAAAAGGGGGGCAAACUCAUCCUAGAGGCCUACACUGAUGCAAAUUAUGCAUACUCAGUGGUUGAUAGAAGGUCUACCAUGGGAUAUUGUAUUUUCUUGGGUGGAAACUUGGUUACUUGGAGGAGCAAGAAGCAACUUGUUAUGGAUAGGUCAAGUGCAAAAUCAAAAUUCCAGGCAAUGGCACAAGGGAUAUGUGAACUGUUAUGGUUAAAGAUUAUUCUAGAAGAUCUAGGACUCAAGUGGGAUGGCCCUAUGAAGCUAUAUUAUGACAAUAAGUUGGCCAUUAGCAUUGCACACAAUCCUGUGUAACAUGAUCGAACAAAACACAUUGAGGUGGAUCAACAUUUUAUUAAAAAGAAAUUGGAUAAUGGUUUUAUCUACACACCUUAUAUACCAAGUGAAUCACAACUACCUGAUGUUCUAACCAGGGGACUUAAUAGUUAGGUCUUUCACAAGCUUACAGGCAAGCUGGGAAUGUACAAUGUCUAUUCACCAGUUUUUGAGGGAGUGUCGUGAAUCAUGGCUUUGAUUAUAUAUGAGAUUAGUCAAUAUUCUGUAGGUUUAAAAGCUAUAAUUAGAAUGUGAUUAUAUCUAUGCUAUUGUAAAUAGGAGAUUACCCAAUUAAGAGAUUUAUCUUCAUAGUUAGGUAAGCAUCCUAUGUGUAUAUAUGUAUCCACCAGUUCAAUGAGAAUUAUUGCCAUAUUUUUCCACACCUAUGAUAAAGAGUUAAUAACGGUGUUGGUGGUUGUGGAAAAGUGGCAACAUUACUUAGAAGGCAAUCAAUUCAUCAUUAGAACUGAUCAUGAAAGCCUGAAAUUUCUACUACAACGACAGUUGCAUACACAGCUGCAACGAAAAGGAAUGUCAAAGUUAUUGGGGCUCGAUUACAUUAUUCAAUACCAUGAAUGAAAAGAAACUAUGGCAGCUAAUGCAUUAUCUAGAAUAUUUGAGGAAGGAAAUUGUGCUGCCAUCACUUUAGUGGUAUCUAACUGGCUGCAAGAGGUGACUUCUAGUUAUGGAAUCGCUACUUGGACACAAGAUCUUAACUGUCUAUUGGCCCGAACAGCAAACCUAGUUAUACUUUGAACAAUAGCUUACUUCGAUUUCGAGAAAAAAUUGUGGUGGGAGAUGAUGACUCACUGAAAACUCAAAUAUUACAGUCAUUGCAUGAUUCACCUAUGGGUGGUCAUUCAGGAAUUCAAUCCACCUAUCAUAAGGUCAAGUAGUUAUUCUAUUGGCCCAAACUUGAAGACUAACUGAUUAUGUGCUGGCUUGUGUCAUCUGCCAGAAUUGUAAACACAAAAAUGUGACUACACCUGGUUUAUUAUAGCCACUAGCAAUUUCAAGUCAAGCUUGAACAAGUAUUUAUAUGGAUGGGUCAUGCUAUUUGUACAUCAUUUAUGUACACCUUGGGCUACACAUAGCACAUAAAUGACAUAAAUAGCUCACCUCACUGCGUCUCACCGCCUUAGGUGAGGGCAUUUUAGACAUUGGUACAUCAUUAUGUAGCCCAAGGUGUACACAAUGAUGUACCAAUAGUAUUUUCCUUCUAUGGAUUUUAUAGGAAGAUUGCCUAUUUGAAGGGAAGGAUGUGAUUAUGGUGGUGGUGGAUAGGUUUACAAAAUUUGCUCACUUCUUGAGUAUUUCUCAUCUUUUCACUGCCCAAGAAGUAGCAAGGAUCUUUUGGAAUCAGUGGUAAAGCUACAUGGUGUUCGUCAAACAGAGACAAGAUAUUUACUAGUUAUUCUAGUAGGAAUUGUUCAAAAACCUAGGUACCAAUCUGCAUAUGUCUACAACUUAUCAUCUUGAAACAAAUGGGCAGACUAAAAGGGUAAACCAGCGUGUGGAGGGUUAUAUAAGAUGUGUUAGCUUUUUGAAACCAAAGAGUUGGCAUGGUUGGUUGGCUUUUGCUCAAUGGUAGUACAAUGCUAGCUAUCACAGCUCAUUGAAAAUGUCACCCCUUGAAGCUUUUUUUGGGUUCAAACCACCACCACAUCUCCCUAUUACUAUAGAUUCCACUUCUUCAAUAGCAGUUGUGGAUCAAUAUUUAAAGGAUCUCCAAGAUUUGCUGCAGCUCUUUAAAAGAGAACUAGCUAUUACCCAAAACAUAAUGAUGUAGUAUGUUGAUAAGAGCUGGAGUGAAAGAAAUUUUUUUGUAGGUCAUAAGGUUUAUCUUUGAAUCAACCAUCACCAUCAGAAAUCCUUUUCUCACUAUCCCUUUUUGAAGCUGAGUCCAAAGUAUUUUGGCCCAUUUCCUGUCCUUGCUAAGGUAGGACCUGUUGCUUAUUGCCUGCAGCUCCUUCCUGACACCAUCAUGCAUCCAGUUUUCCAUGUUUUGUUAUUGAAGAAAUCAAUUGGAUUGUUUAACCAGCACAGUCCUACUUUACCUGCACUAACUUCUAAUGGGGAUGUCAAGAUGGAACCCUCGAUAAUUUUGGAUAAACGAGUUAUACACAGGAAUUAAGUUUCCCUUAUUCAAGUCCUCGUUCAAUGGUCCCAUUUGCACCCAGAUAACAACACUUGGAAUAUCUGCCAAAUCUCUUAGCUCAAUUUCCUCGAGUUGCUCAACCUCUUUGAUUUUUUAAAGGACAAGAAAAUUUUGAAGGGAAGGGAAAUGCCAUGAUCAGAGAAUUAGGAGAUAAGUAGAAAGCAGUAGUUGAGUGCAAUUGAGUUGUUAUUUUCACAGUUGCAGUAGUGGCUACAAUAUAGCCAAAUAAUUGAUGUAAAUACCAAAACUGCUAUAAAUAACUGCCUGUAAAUACCAAGUAACUGUUGUGGACAGCCAUAUAUAAAGCUAUGCCACUUUGUACCAGGAUUAUGAAGGAAUUAAUUGAAGUUCUCUCAUUUUCUCUCUAUCCAUUCAUUGUUUCCCCUUUUUCUUCUCUCUGUUGUCUCCCUAAGUUCUGUCUUUUCUCUCGCUUUCUUCUUUCUCAACUAUCAACUAGAAAUCCUAGAUUUGAAACCUAGGGUCUUGACCAGAAGUUUUAGAUUGGGAAUUAAUUUUGUUUGGUUUGAUUUUGUUUAAAUUCGAAAAAAUUUUAUAUUGUGCAUACAGUUUGAGUAUAAUUGCCACUGUUCCAUUGACUGGUACGCAUUCAAAGUUACUUUCCUCUGUGUGUGUGUGUGUGUGUCAAAUAAU